AUGUGCCUCUACAAAACAAACUGCUCCCCGCCCGCCCUCUCUUCAACCCUCCCUCCCACGACCUUCCAGUACGACGCGGCCUCGGCAAGCACGCGCGAGUUGCGCGGGUGGUGCCGCAGCGCGUCGUGGGACACCUUGCGCGCGUCGAGCGCGCGCUUAAGCCUCAGCUCCAGCACUGCACACUUCAGCUUCAGCACUGCUGGAGCUGGGGCUGAAGCGCGCGGACGGCGUUCAUCUGGCACUCUUGGGGCAUGGCAUGCUCCAGGAGUGCCAGAUGAACGCCGUGUCCUCGCUUGUGACACGCCUCGCCUGAACAGCUCGCGCGCACGCUCCGUAUUCUGCACAAGCUUGAGGUCAAGCUGCCCGUACUCAUGCCAAACAGAAGCAGACGCAGAAACUUUGAGCCCUGGAAACGUGCGCGCCGGUGCCCUCGCAACGUGGGCGACGGUACUCUUUUCCAGACACCCGCCGCACCACCAGAACCAGCACCUCUCUCUCGUCCAGCCCCGUCCUUCCCAAUCCCCAGCGUCUUCUACCUCGUCGUCGUCCUCCCCACAUCAGCCCCGGUCGUCCUGGAACCCUUCACGCGUGCCUUAG